AUGGAGGGCAUGGAAUAUCUCUACGUUCCUGGCCUUCCAGAACUUGUACCACUGGAAAUCGGCCUCACACUUAUGGCAAACAAGGGUCCCAGCUCACCCAACAUAAUCGAUCUGCUGGAUUGGCAGGACUUUCCAGACCAUUAUAUAAUGGUCCUGCAGCGCCCUUUACCAUGCCUGAGUGUGUUCAAGCUUUUGGAGAGCUGUGGCAACAUCUUUGAAGAAAGGUUUGCUCGGUAUGUGAUGCGCCAGGUUAUCGAGGCAGCUGAGACCUGCUGCCGGCGCGGAGUAUUCCACAGAGAUAUAAAGUUGGAGAACUUGAUCAUCAACACACACACCAUGGAUGUCACACUGAUUGACUUCGGCUGUGGGAACCUGUUCCACGAAACAGAGUACCACACUUUUAGUGGCACAGAGAUGUACUGCCCUCCAGAGUUUUUCGAAACGGGCAAAUACUUAGCACGGCCAGCAACUGUGUAUUCGCUUGGAGUGCUGCUAUACACUAUGGUGUGCGGUUGUAUGCCAGACUACACGGAUCGGGAAAAGAUGCAGCACUGGCUCUGGUAUCUGCCGUCCUUGUCUUGUGAAUGCAGUCAUCUCAUAAAUGCCUGUCUGCAUCCCGAUCCCAGCGAGAGGAUACUACUGGAGCAGAUCCUCCUCCAUGACUGGUUUACGAUCACACCAUCAGACAUGGAGGAUGAGCGCCCGGUCCUGGUCAUGCAGGAAGAGCUGAUUAGCCAGGAAGAUGGAGGGAGUUUGGUAAAGGAGAAAAAGAAAUGGAAGAAAAAAUCGAGUUUUUGGAGAAAGCUGUUCCGCUUUUCACGCCCAAGAGCUGGAAGGGGUGAAAAGGUGAAGCAGGUGGACAGUGAGAAGGUGAAGCCAGUUACCGAAGCAGAACCUUCUACUGAUGUAGGAAACAUCUCAAGCCCUGUUGAGCAUCAUGACUACCAGCAAGCUCCUAACAGCCUUGAGGUUCCUCCCUCCAUCAUUGACCUGCAAAUACAGGAACAGUGUGAGAAUGUGGAGCUGGAGGAAGAAAUGUCUACUGAUGGUAAAUCUCUUCAUCUUUUGUGUUUACUGAACUUAAUCAUUAAAGAAGAUCAUCAUAGCUUUAAACAUUUGCAGAGUUCAAAUUUUCAGAUGUGCAGUUGUUUGUGUAUCUGA